AUGUCGCAGACCCUCCCCAGCACAGCGAACGUCAGUCCUCGCCCUGAUGUCCACCGUGUGAUCCACGAAGCCUCCAUCAAUCACUCUGUCUCCCCAGCUGGCACCGGAGGUCAAAAGCACCGUAGCGCCCUCGUCGCAGACGGGCAGCACACUUGGUCCUUCACCAAUCCAGAUCCCAGUCUGCGUCGUCCAUCGCCUACCACUCUCCCUUCCGACCAGACAGCAGGCCCAAGCACCCCGAUGUUCGGCGCACCUCCCCUGUCCUAUGACCCAGCUCACGCUAUCGAGCCUCAAGAUACCGUAGACUAUCAGCAAUUCAUUCAGACUCACUUCCCGACCGGAGGACAGAUGGACUACCAACUCCAGACAGGUCACAUCGGUAACGCUCUCUACCCGCAGCAACUCCAGGAGAUGCAGGAGAUGCUCCAGCCUCAGCCUCAGAACCAUUUUAAUUUCGUCCAGUCGCAGUUCGUCUCCCAGAACCAGGGUGCAUAUGAUCAGAGCUUCGCCCCAGGUCCAACGAGAGAGAGGCUUCAGCGACGGCUUCCGCGGACGACACGCCAGCAACCUGUUACCAAAGCGCCCGUCCCGACCCAGUUCGUUGAUACGCCACAUUCCCAACUGUCUCAACACGUCCAGGCGUCUACGGUCAUGGAUGCCAGCUUCCAGCAACAGUCGUUCACCUUCACCCACGACACGCCGCCUGAGACGUACCUCUACGCCAACGACUCCCGAAUCAUGUCCCAUGAGACACUUCCCCGACAGCAGUACCGGUUCUCGGAGUAUCAGCACCCUGAUCAGCAGAUUGCUGCAACUGGCCCGCCGUAUGCGCCCUCAGAGCUCAACAGCUACUCCUCGUCGCCCGUAUCGAUUGCGGAGGAUAAUCCGCAAAACUCGCAGUUCGUUUCACCCCAACAAGCUCAGACACCCAUGGCCGUCUCGAUCGCGCCCAACGCUCAGGCCUCCCCUGGCCAGAGCACAGGCAGGAAAGCCCAAGACAAAGCGGGGAAGGGCAGGGAGAAAGCGACAAAUCAGAAGAAGCGUGGACGUACAGAAAUGCGGGAAAGCGACUCACCGAGCGACGAGGACGAGUUUGCGAACAUCAUCGUGCCGCCGGUCACCGGCAAUGAGCUUCCAAACAGACUGUGCGUAUCGUAA